UUGCAGAAUGCUGUCCGACACAACCUCUCCUUACACAAAUGUUUCCAACGUGUCGAGCAGAAUGUAAAAGGAGCUGUCUGGACUGUGGAUGACAGUGAAUUUUACCGAAGACGACCACAACGUACAGCUGCAACGAGGAGUCAGCCUAACACACCGCUGCCAGAUGAGAUGUUGGCUCAACGACUUAUUGAUCAGACCGCACUAAGUAUGAUGGAGAACAGAGCUGAAGGUGCCGCACAUCUGGCUGACAACGCGUUGCUCAAUGGUGGUCUGGAAGGAGUGCUGUCGUUUUUAGUUUUUUUAUUUGUAGCAAGUACUGGCGAUAAUAACCCACUCUCCUUGCUAUCAGCAGCGGCCGCAGCCUCCGAGCAAAAUUCAUGUGCUGUAACACCAAAUCUAGUCACCCCCAAAGAGGAAGCACGUGAGAAUCCAACGGAAAUUGAUGCUGCUGCAGCACAAGCACAACAAAAUCAGAAUCACCUUAACGGACGAAUAGGUCAGUUCCAUCUUUAUUUACGACUUUGA